UUUCUUCACCAAUCAACGUUGUUUCGGAAUUUUCAAAUGCUUUUUGGCGGCAUGUUCGACGCCAUAACAUCAAACCAAGCAUUUUUGUAUCAUCAGAAAAGAUUUAUCAGUGAAUUUGUUUUCAAUAUAUGUUAAAAAUUAAAUAUUCAUUCUUUUUUAUCGUUUGCAUUUAAAGAAUUAUAAUCAUUUUAAAGAUGAUUUAUCAAAAUACUUCACCUGUCUCUACACACAGUGAAGCUGAAGAAGAAAAUAACUCAUUUUCCGAUUCUCAGGAUACUAAUUAUAUUCCACUGUCAGUGAGACUACCAUCAGUAGUAACUUCAUCAUCAACAUCAUCUCCUAGAACUCCGUAUUUCACUUAUCUAAGUGAUGACUUACGCAAACGAGUUGAAGAUUAUAUAAAUGUCAUGACUUCACGUAUUCCACCGAUCAACGUAGAUGAAUUCGUAGGAAUGGUUGGAGACAUAAUGAGAACAUUACCACCUGCGAAACAACUUGAAUUAAAAAUCCAAAUUAUUCAAUUGUUAUUAGAGUAUGAAGAAAAAAUCUUAGAUAAAAGCCGACCAGAAGAAUAAUAUAUAGAUUAAUUAUUUUAAAAAACAGUAUAUUUUAACAAUAAAACAAGACUUAUAGCUUUACUCGAAGAUUGUUCAAAAUGUUGUAAUUAUUGAAUAACUUUACUUAUAAUAAAACUCAAUGAAGGAGGAAUGGCUAAUAAAUAACUACCAUCUAAUAAAUGACCAAUACAAAAAGAUUUAUCAGAUGAGGCAUUUUACUCUAUGCAAGUUAUUCAUCAUCAACAAAAAAAGCUCAAUUUGAGCUAUUACAUUCCAAUCACCAUAUUAGAAGUUGGGAAUAAGAAGAAGACAAUUAGUUUUUAACAUGAUAAUUGUGAUGAAGUUACUCCAAUGGAACUGAAAAUAAUAAAAAUAAUGUUUAUACAAAAAAAAGUAACAUGGAAAAUUGUUAGUGUAUUCGUUUCCGUUCAUUAACAGCAACUUUAAAAAUUAUUGAUAUAUUUGAACUGACCCUUCAGUUUUUUGACAUCAGAAUACUUUGAUACUGAACUUAACUAUCAUAAUUUAUUAUCUGAAUAAUGGUGUUUAAUAUAUCAGCGUUGAUUGUACUUGUAUUUAUUUUACCUUUGUUUUCGACUACACCGAAGCCAAAUUUUUUAUUUAUCGUAGUGGAUGAUCUUCGACCAGCAUUAGGCUGUUAUGGUGAUACAAAUGCAUUUACUCCAAACAUUGACAAAUUGGCUGAAAAAAGUUUUUUGUUUACAGAAGUUUAUGCACAGCAAUCAUUAUGUGCACCAAGUAGGAACUCUUUACUCACCAGUCGUAGACCCGAUACUUUGUCUCUGUAUGAUGUUCACAGCUACUGGAGAUCAGUAGCUGGCAAUUUCACAACUCUUCCUCAACAUUUGAAAAAUAAUGGAUAUAAAACUCAUUCAAUUGGUAAAGUUUUUCAUCCUGGCAAAUCUUCUAAUUUUACUGAUGAUUAUCCGUAUUCUUGGAGUCAAGUUCCAUUUCAUCCUGUUACUGAUAAAUAUAAAAAUGCACCAGUUUGUUCUUCUCAAUUUUCAAUCAUCUCCAAUUUCAUCGAUCCUGAAUUAUACUCUAAUUUGGUUUGUCCAGUAAAUAUAAGAGAUAUGCCAAAAAAUACUCUACCGGACGUGGAAAACUUGGAAAGUGCUAAAGCAUUUCUAAAGGAUCAACCUGAAAACGUACCAUUUUUUUUGGCUGUUGGUUUUGAAAAACCCCAUAUACCAUUUAAAUACCCAGAGAGAUUUUUAGAUUACCAUCCUUUGGAUAAAUUUAAAUUGAAAAAUUAUUACUGGCCAAAAAACAUUUCUGAAGUUGCUUACAAUCCCUGGAACGAUUUACGACAACGCCAUGAUGUUCAACAGUUAAAUUUAGUGUUUCCCUGGGAAAAAAUUCCUGAAGAAUUUGCUCUAAAAAUUAUUCAAUCCUACUAUGCAUGUGUAUCUUAUAUUGAUCAUCUUAUUGGAUUACUAUUAAGUCAAUUAAGUGAUUCAAAGCUUCAUAAACAUACAAUAGUAAUUUUAACUUCAGAUCAUGGAUGGUCUUUAGGAGAACAUGGAUUGUGGGCGAAAUAUAGUAAUUUUAAUGUUGCCCUUAGAGUACCCUUAAUAAUUUCUACUCCAAAAAUAUUUUCAAAGGUUUCAGCAUUGAAAAAAAUGAUGAAAAAUGGUAGAGAAGAAUCUCUUAAAGUUCAUCAUUUGGUAGAACUAGUUGAUUUAUUUCCAUCAAUCGCAGAGUUAGCUGGUAUACCAAUACCACUUUGCAAUGAUAUUAAUCCAAUGUCAAUUAACAGUACCGUGUCAUUGCAGGAAAGAAUUUUAAAUAAUAAUUUGUGCUCUGAAGGAAUAAGUUUUCUCCCUAUCUUAGAACGUAUAAAAAAAAAUGAAACAAUAACAUGGAAGAAAGCGGCAUUUAGCCAGUAUCCACGUCCAUCUACGACCGUAUCUUGGAAACCAAAUAGCGAUGAACCUCGAUGGAAUGAAAUAAAGAUCAUGGGAUACUCCAUUAAAACAGCAAGAUUUCGUUAUACUGCUUGGAUACCCUUUAAUCCUAUGAAUAAAAGAAAUAAAUCAAACUGGAAUAUUUUAAUUGCCGAAGAAUUAUACGAUCAUUAUAUUGAUUCUGGUGAAAUGAUUAAUCAACAAGGAAACAUCAAGUAUAGUGGUAUAAAAAAGAAGUUAUGUAAGAGGUUAAAGAAAGGAUGGAAAUAUGCUUUACCACCAAUAAACGUUUUGUAAAGUUUUUAGAGGAGCUUUACAAUUGCCUCUGUUUUCAGAGGGUCCUAAACUUAUUGCGUUAGAAGGACAAACCUUGUGCUUGUCAUCUUCCUAACCGUUGUUGGACUUACUCUCCCUUUUCUCGAAUAGCUCGAGUGAUCAAGUAAUAAGUAGCUCAGACUCAAAUGAAUAAAAAAUAGGUCUGAGCACACUUUGUCUGUGCUAACACGACGAACUUCCCAUUAGUAAUUGUUUAUAACAAAUUUAAAUAGUUGAGGCUGAGCUGUUGGUCGAGUCCAACACGUAACAUGGAAAUAUGCUUUACCACCAGUAAAGAACAUUUAAUUUUAGUUCAAUUAUUCUAACUUUUGAAUUUACAUUGUAUAAUAUAAUUCUUUGAAAUAUUAAUCUAUUUAUUAUAACGAAUGUCUUAACAACAAAAUGUUCUAUUUUUCAAUAAAUGCAAAAUUCUUUUAAAUAUCUAUCCAAUCAACUCAUGGAUAAAUAAAUGUUGAUGGACUAAGAUUAAUUGGUAUCGAACCGAAUGAACCAAAAUUUGCAAUCGUUAAAAAGAAAAUGUAACCGAAAAAUAAAAAAAAGAAAACAGAAAAAGAAAAAUCUGUAAUA